GCAGUAAUCGCUGAGCCCUAAAAUCCACUGCUGGGCCAUAUAUCCGGCAAUCCGGGCACACUGCAUAGCCGGUUGCGUUUACUAGCUGUUCCGUCUCCGAGCUUCGCUAUAGGAGCUCUGCUUUCUCUGACCAGCGUUGCAUACCAUACCAUCUCUAGUCCCACCUCACUAUCCAACUGCUGACAGCAUAGAUGGCUGAAGCGGUCCCAGACGCCAAUCGUGCAGAGCCGGAGGAAAUCUCUACUUCUCUCUCGCUCGAACAGCUCGACACAAACUUGUUCCGGUCCAAGUCUCUCUGGCUUCCGUACCGCGCCAGAGGUGUGUUUGGUGGUCAGGUUAUAUCUCAGGCUAUUGUCGCAGCUACUGCCUGUGUCAAGCCUCAGUAUGCACUACACUCCUUGCACUCCUAUUUCCUCCUUAGCGCUUCCCCCGCCGUCCCCAUCCUCUACUACGUCGACCGCGUCCGCGAAGGGCGAACGUACACCACCCGAUCCGUCCGCGCCGUCCAGAACGGAAAGACCGUCUUCAUCCUCAUCUGCUCCUUCCAAGUUCCAGAAACAUGGCAACCUUCUCACCAUUGGCCUAUACCGCCCAACGUCCUUCCGCCGGAGCAAUGCGAGGAUGAGAAGGACAGGUGGAUCAGGAGUGCGCAGAAGGAGGGGCUGGACGCGAAGAUCAGUGAGGCGUACAUGCAAUUCGCUGAUGAGAGGCAUAGAAGUCCGGUGGAAGUGAGGAGAGGGGGGAGUUAUACGGGAGCGGAGGGAACAGUGGUUGAGAUGGUCUGGAUGAAAACAAAAUCGACAGAGACAUACGAAAUACCCUUCCAAAAGGGAAUUCUUGGCUACAUGUCUGAUUUCUACUUUCUCGGAGUCGCAGCCUCCUCUCUCGGGCUAAAGCGCCACACCCGCGGCCCUGAAGCACUAUCCAUGCUCUCGACUUUGGACCACUCAAUAUUCUUCUACUCGAACGACUUUGAUUGUAAUGACUGGGUCUUAUAUGUUGUAACAUCACCUGCUGCAGGUUCAGGGAGAGGUUUUGUCAUAGGCAGGAUGUAUUCGAGAAACGGAACUCUCGUAGCAGUUACUACCCAGGAGGGUGUGAUCCGAGCGGACAUUCGACCUCCACCAAAAGAGAACCCACCAGCGAAGCUAUGAGGACGCAUACGAGGAUCUUGUGAUCUUCAAGCGUAGUUAGGCGGACGAUCUCACUUAUAGACUUGUAC